AAAUACAAACACAUUAAGAAACAACAAUAUUGAAAAUGCCAAAAUUCGAAUCCAAAGAAGACUUUUGCAACCAAACCAACAUGAAGGAUGAAAUCAACAAGGAAUUGGUUGAAUUUGCUUACAAGAAAUUAAAUAUUCCAUUGGAACAUGGUGAUCAGAAUUAUGAAAGAAUGAUCAGUGGAUUAGUUUACAACUUUUUCAAUCAGGAAUUAGCUGAUGCUAGGACCUUUGCUAGAGAUUAUAUCUUAGACUACGAGAAGAUUAGACGCAGAGAUUACAACUCCUUUUUGGAAUAUAUAUUUGCUAAAAGAGAACAUUUAGCUAAGUUUAUUGGGCAUGUUCCUGAAGAAAUCUUAAUUGAAUAUCCAGUUCACUUUGAUUAUGGUUUCAAUACCUACUUUGGUAAAAGAUUCUACAGCAACUACAAUUUGACAAUCUUAGAUGCCUCGGUUGUUAAAAUUGGGGAUAAUGUGAUGUGUGGGCCUAAUGUAACCAUCACUACUGCAACACAUGCCCUUGAUCCUACAUUAAGGGCUAAUGGAUUGGAAAAUGCCUUGCCAGUUGCAAUUGGAAACAAUGUAUGGUUAGGUGCUGGGCUGCAAGUUUUACCAGGUGUCACUAUUGGUGAUGGAUGUGUUAUUGCUGCAGGUGCCAUUGUCAACAAGGAUAUUCCUGAAAACUCUGUUGUCGUUGGUGUUCCAGGAAGAGUUGUCAAAACAUUGGAACCUUUUGAUCCCAAUUUUGACGUCCAGACCCUUUUGCAAGAAUAUGGUAUGGGUUUUAUCCCUUAAUCUAGAGUUUAUUUUAAACUAUAUAGUCUGUCUUUAUAUUUGAUUCUUUUAAAAAUAAUAAAAGUACAUUUGUUUG